GGUCCGCUGGCCCCGCCCCCCUCCAUGCCAGUCACGCGCGGCUCGCGCCUGCGGAACUGCGGAUCCGCGUUCUGAGAGGGCUUGGGGCUGUUGCCUUUGAAUGACCAGGAAGGCUCUCGGUGAGUAAUAGCGCCCCUGAAAAGCUGUUUCUGAGGAAAGGGAGCUGCGGGAAAUUUCGCUGGGCACCGCUGGACGUUGACAAAGCUGGUGUCUCUGGGCCUUUCCAGUUUUCCUGACAGGUUGAUUUUGAGUCAACAUGUCCGCUUCAAUGAAAGAAUGCCUUCAACUUCAGCUGCUGGAGAUGGAAAUGUUGUUUUCUAUGUUUCCUAACCAAGGAGAAGUAAAACUUGAAGAUGUAAAUGCCCUGACAAAUAUAAAGAGAUAUUUGGAGGGCACAAGGGAGGCACUGCCACCAAAAAUCGAAUUUGUGAUUACACUCCAGAUCGAGGAGCCCAAGGUGAAAAUUGACUUGCAAGUAACCAUGCCUCACAGCUACCCCUAUGCAGCACUGCAGCUGUUUGGACGGUCAUCUGAACUUGACAGACAACAGCAGCUGCUUCUCAACAAAGGUCUCACUUCUCACAUAGGGACCUUUGACCCAGGGGAGCUCUGUGUGUGUGCAGCCAUCCAGUGGUUACAAGACAACAGUGCCUCCUACUUCCUGAACAGAAAGCUCGUUUAUGAACCGUCUACACAAGCCAAGCCAGUCAAGAACACCUUCCUCCGAAUGUGGAUCUACAGUCACCACAUAUAUCAGCAGGACCUAAGGAAGAAGAUUUUGGAUGUUGGGAAAAGGCUAGAGGUGACGGGAUUUUGCAUGACCGGAAAGCCUGGUAUAAUCUGCGUGGAGGGCUUCAAAGAGCACUGCGAGGAGUUCUGGCACACAAUUAGAUACCCCAACUGGAAACACAUCUCCUGUAAGCACGCUGAGAGCAUGGAGACAGAGGGUAACGGGGAGGAGCUGCGCCUUUUCCAUUCUUUUGAAGAAUUACUCCUCGAGGCUCAUGGGGACUAUGGACUAAGGAAUGACUAUCACAUGAAUCUGGGCCAGUUCUUAGAAUUUCUCAAGAAACACAAAAGCGAGCAUGUUUUCCAAAUAUUAUUUGGGAUUGAAAGCAAAAGUUCAGACUCCUAGGAAGCCAUUCAGAGGCCUAUGCUUGUAAUCUCACCAAGUGAGUAUUUCUGUUAAGAAGACCAAAAUUAAAGGACCAGUGGCCCUGUAGCAUCAGCUGUGGGAAACCUCGCUUCAGCAUUUUUCCCUGGUAAUGAAACACAUAGGCCUUUUAGCUUUAUAACAGUGCAGUUGUGAUGUUACUUCUGUGUCCUCAUGUGAACUGAAAACUGUUUAACUGUUAAGUAAUAAAAGCCAGUCAGUUUAACCACUGAAGCUGAUUGAUUACAAAGGAAUCCAAAGCCCGGUUCAAUGGCAGGAGUCAGACUGCCACUCUCAGCUCAAAUACGAAUAACAUUUCUCCUUUCUCUGAUGCCGGCCUGCAGAUGACACCCCCACAUCUUCUUUCAUUUUCGGAGAAGGAUUCUCAAGUUUAAAAUGAGAACAAAGAGCGAGCACAUGUUUAUUACCUUUCUUCCUUUAACUUAAACCCCCUAUUUUAUUUUUCUCUUUUCUUUUAGUAAAAGCAGAUCUUAACUGUGAGGAAUGGAGAGCCAUGAAGUCACAGGAAUAAGACAGGGAUACCAUGUCGUGUGUUAUUUACAUCAGUUGAUUAAUGGUACUAAGAAGAGCGAUACCAGUAUUGUUAGUUCAGUUCUCCACUGGGCAAGCUCUGGCCUCUGGUCAGCCAAAUCUUGAUAUUUGACCUGCAAGCAACUACGCCUCACUACUCCCCCUGUGCAACGUUGCAGCUCUCUGGCCCGGCAGUGUGAGUGGCAGCCUUUGUCCUGCGCUGGCAGGCAUGGUUCUCCAUGGCAAGAGCAUUGGGAGAGGACCAGUGUGGAUGGCUCUGCACUGCCACCUUCCUGGGGAACAAAAGUCAGGCCCUGCAUUUUGGUGACAUCACUGCCAUCCCUUCUGAAAAAUACCAAGCUCCACAAGCUUCACCAGCCUUCUUCAAAAUGAGUUUAUCUUAAUGAAAAUAACCCAUAUUUAAGUAGCUCUUGCCAAACCUUUUCACUACAAAGUGGCUGCCCCUCCCCUGGAAAAUCCAGGAGUCUCAUCUGCAUUAGGGAACUUUGCCAGCUGCCUCCCUCAGCUUCCUCGGCUCUCAUUCCCUACUACUGCCCUGUCUGGGAAGCAUUUCAUUCUGCUGGGUCCCAGGCGCCACACUGAUGGCCUGGUCCCCUCAAGACGCCAAAGCCAUGUGCUGAGAUUCAGUGCCAUGGCGGGGACGCCCCACCUCCCCAUCUCGUGAUGAUGUUUGAUGCCAAAAUUGCUGUGGUUGCUGGUGGAGCUUACAGAAUCCUUGGUGAAACAGUACUUUUUGGUAUCUGGUUUUACUCUGUGUCUAGGAUGCAGACACAUGUCCUUGGCAGGGCUGGGACAUGAUGAACAGCAGACCCUGUAUUAAGCUGACAUUCCUGCCCACAAAGCCUGGGAAGGGGCUCACUCUGUCCCACCUGCACUCAUAGCUCACCAGAGUGAGUUUCCUUUCUGGGCACAAUUCAGACUCUCAAACCAAGGUUCUUUCCAUGGCCAUGCCUCGCCAGCUCUUCCAGCUUGCCCAUUCAUAUUUGAACCCUAGCUCUGCACUUGGCUGGGGCCUCACUCUUCCUAUAUACAAGGGGAAGAAAUAGGAUUUGUGCUGCCAAAGACUCAUUUCUCAGUCUUUACCAGGACUGAACAUAUAUAGGCGUUAACAUCCCAUAUUAUCUCCCCAAGGCCAUCAAUAAGUAUAAUUAACAUUUACAAGUUUUUAGGCCCCAAACAGAUGAAACUCCAUUAACUCUCUUCCCUUUGACAUGAGACAGUAAUAUGUGCCAUGCACUUGACAUGUGCCUACGCCACUCACAGAGGGGUUUCUAUAAUUAACUUAGCCAAAGUAGCAACAGAUAGGCUUAAAGAAUACAGAAUAAAAAAUAUUUACACAACUCCAAUAGAGGAAAUAAAUUCCAGUUUAUGAAUGCUUUACUGCUUCUAGAGCUACUCCUGAUAAUUUUUCAAAAGCUACUUGUACACGUCCAAUAGGGGCAUACGUCAAUGCUUUUUUCCUACCAGAAGCACUAAUAGACAUUACUAAUAGAAAUGUAAAUUUUAUAGAAAUAUAUAUAUAUACAUGUAUUGCUAGUUUAAAACUCAGCUUAGAGUUCUCUUGGGUGCAGUGGGUUAAGAAUAUCUCACACACACACACACACACACACUUUCCCUGGAGAAAUGCCCUUUCUCUGGCUUAGGAGAAGUGACUGGAUUUAUGCUGCACUAUGGCAGCCUUCUGGAUCCUGAAGAACUGAUUUCAAGCUCUCGCUGCUUGAAUCCCUAGUGCCACCCUCAUUUCUGGCCUAUGGCAUGCUCCAUUGUCCAACACCUCCUUUGAGCUACGUAACAUCUGUCCCCUUUUCCUUAAACACCAGAAUCAGUCUCUGUUGCUUGGAACUCAAGAAUUCUGCUACUGUAUACAUUAUAUUUUUUCAAAUGGUUGUUUGGAAAGAAUGCUCGUUAGAAAUGUUUCAGUAUCUUUUUAAAACUUACCAAAUUAAAUCAGUAUUUCUUCAA